CCCCUUCUCCCUCGCCAACACCACUCGCUCCCUCUUCCCUCUCCCUUCACCUCCUCGCUUCCCCCGUCGCCUGUCCAUGGCACUGCUCUCAGUGGCGACCCCUCUCAAGGCCAAGCAUGUGCCCCUCCUCGUCGCCACCUCCCGUCCCAGUUUGAUCCUCCGCCGCCGCCUCUCUCUUCCGAAGCCGGCGUCUCCCCGCCGGUGCGGCCGGGUCUACGCCUCCAUGCUGCCCACCCCGCCGCCGUACCCUCCGCCGCCAGGCGAGCAGGUGUACCAGCCCUUUCGCCCCCCGCCCUCCCCGCUGCCGGCCAAGUACCGCUCCCUGGGCACCGCCGAGCGGCUCGAGAUCCUCCGCGAUCGCCUCGGAUUGUGGCACGAGUACGCCCCGCUCAUCUCCAGCCUCGGCCACGACGGCUUCAACCCGCCCUCCAUCGAGGAGGUCACCGGCAUCUCCGGCGUCGACCAGAACCGCCUCAUCGUCGCCGUGCAGGUCCGCGACUCCCUCGUCUCAUCCUCCUUCGACCCCGAGUUGCUCGCGUUCUUCGACGCUGGCGGUGGCGCCGACCUCCUCUACGAGCUCCGCCUCCUCAACGCCGCCCAGCGUGCCGCCGCCGCCUACCGCGUCAUCGAGCACCGCCUCGAUCCAAAGGCGGCCCAGGAGCUGGCGCGGGCCAUGAAGGACUUCCCCCGCCGGAGGGGGGACGUUGGCUGGGACCGCUUCUCUGCCGCCUCCCCGGGUGACUGCCUCGCCUACACCCACUUCCGCCUCAGCCGGGAGACGAUGUCCCCUGCCGAGCGGAUGGCGUCGCUCGAUCGGGCGGUGGAGGCGGCGGAGACGGACGAGGCGAGGAAGCGGAUCGAGGAGGAGAUCGAGCGGGCGUCCCGCCAAGGCGAAGGAGGAGCCGUGGCGGCCGUCGAAGAGGCGGAGGAGCUGAGGGUGACGGUGCCGGUGGUUCGACUGAGGUACGGGGAGGUAGCGGAGGCGUCGACAGUGGUGCUGCUACCGGUGUGCCGGGCGGAGGAGGGGGAGGAGGGGAUAGCAGCGGCGCCGGGGCGGUGCAGGGCGGAGGGAGAGCUGGGGGUGAUGGCGGCGGAGCGGGGGUGGGCGAGGUGGGUGGUGCUGCCAGGGUGGGGGCCGGUGGUGGCGGCGGGGAAUGGGGUGGCGGUGGAGUUCGUGGACGGGAGGGUGCUGCCGUGGAGGGGAAGCAGGGGUUGGGAGGAGGCGGUGCUGGUGGUGGCGGACCGGCGGAGACGGGAAGUGGGAGCUGAGGACGGAUACUACUUGGUGGGCGGCGAGGAAGAGGGGAGGGGGAAGGGUUUGGGGGUGGAGAGAGGGGGGAAGCUGAUGGGAAAGGGAGUGAAGGAGGCGUUGGGGACGGUGGUGUUGGUGGUGAGGCCACCCAGAGAGGAAGAGGAUGACAUGCUGCGCGACGAAGACUGGGACUGAAUUGCCAAUCGUAGGCAACGCCUCCCGUCUCGCUCUCUCUGUUUUUGUUUCCCGCCCCAAUAAAGGCUUAUCAUUUUGCCUUUUUUCAUUUGGAUUAGUGGAGCUGAGCAAAUUACAAUCGAAAGAAGAGAUUAAAUACCAAA